AUGGAUGACGAUGACUUCGCUCUGCCUGAGUCGCCUGGAGAAGAGGGCCCGAUUAAUUCAGAAUUGAGCGAGCGUGCAAUGCGAUUGAUUAUUCGCCUUGGACAGCCAUUCAGCGCACUCCUGCUAGCGCAGCAUGGUGGAGAAUACAGGAGGAUAGCAUCUGAUGAUGAUAUCAUUGCACAAGUCAAAGACGUGGUGUCUGUUCACAAUAUGAUGGACGUCAGGACACUCGAGAUAUUUUUUCUUUACUCGGCUGCUGGUCACUUCUGGGGUCGGCCAGCUCUGGGACCAGUUUUGUCUGUACGUAAACCGAGCAAAGACAAUGCAGAUGACGAUCACUACGAUGACCGUGAUAACCCUUCUAAUACUCAGAUCAACGGGGAGGAUACCUUUGGACUGGCUCCUUCCAAGGAUCCUGCUCGCUCAACUUACUUCACGACAGCAGACUCGUGCAUAUUGCAUGUCUAUUGGUCGAACAUCAUAUGGAUGACGUUUAGUGAAGUUUAUCGCAGUAUAUAUAGCCAUAUUUACCAGGAGAAAAGCAUACUAAAAGGAGGGAGAACGAGAAUAGUCAGCAACGUUGAGAAGAAUGCGCUACCAUACCUUUGGGGCAACGCCAAAGCCACUUCCCGCGAGAAGGUCAUGGAUGACCUCAGAUAA